AUGAUGUGUUUGCGACAUAGUCGGGGUGGUUCGGUUGGGGUACGAAAGGUGGGGGGUAGCUGCGAUUACCCUCUCGCCGCCUUCCUAUCCCGACUCACUCGUCCUCGCGCCGUCCGUCCCGACGCCGUCUCGUCGCCCGAAUUGUCGCCUCUAUCGACGUCGCCUUCGCUAUCUCCCGUCGCGGCCCUCCCCUCAGUUCGCGUCGCCACGCUAUCUCUCCCCUCCCCUCCCAUCGCCCUUCCUCUCCCGUCGCCUUUCCUCUCCCGUUGCCCUUCCUCCGUCGCUUUCCUCUCCCUUCGCCUUUCCUCUCCCGUUGCCCUUCCUCUCCCGUCGCUUUCCUCUCCUGCCGCCCUUCCUUCUCUCCCGCCGCCCUUCCUUCUCUCCCGUUGCCCUUCCUCUCCCGUCGCUUUCCUCUCCCGCCGCCCUUCUUUCUCUCCCGCCGCCCUUCCUUCUCUCCCGUCGCCCUUCGCUCCCGUCGCCUUUCUCUCCCGUUGCCCUUCCUACUCUCCCGUCGCCCUUCCUACUCUUCCGUCGCCCUUCCUACUCUCCCGUCGCCUUUCUCUCCCGUCGCCCUUCCUACUCUCCCGUCGCCCUUCCUCUCUCCCGUCGCCCUUCCUCUCUCCUGUCGCCUAUUCUCUCUCCCGCCGCCCUUCCUUCUUCCCGUCGCCCUUCCUCUCUCCCGUCGCCCUUUCUUUCUCCCGUGUCCUAUCCUCUCUCCCGUCACCCGUCUUCUCUCCCGUCGCCCCUCCCCUCCCGUCUUCCUCUCUUCCGUCGCCCUUCAUCUCUCCCGCCCCAUCACCCACCUCGGCGUCUUGGCGCUUGCCCCGAAAUGCCUGCCCGUCACCCCGUCGCCCCGUGAUCGUCGGCCCCUCUCGCUUUUCCCUCGCAACGUUACUCUCCCCGUCACAUAUGCCCUCGCUUUUUUCGUCGCUCCUCGCGGCACCCUCAUCGCCGCCUUCCCAUCACCCUCGUUGCCCUCACUCUCCCCCCAUCACCCUUUUUCUCUCGGUUCGUAUCACCCCUCGUAUCACCCUCACACUCUUCCCUCACAUCGUCCGUCACCAUCGCGUCACCCUUUCUCUCUCCCCUCACAUCACCCUCCUUGUCGCCGUCGCCCUCGCCUCAAAUCGCCCUUCCUCUCUCCCUUCGCAUCACCCACGUCAUGCAGCCGUCGCAAUUUCCUCUCCCACCCACCAUCACCCACCCCAUCGCCUUCCCGCUUGCCACAAAACGCCUUCCCGUCUCCCACCCACUUCCUUCCUCCCCGCCUCCCGUUCCUCUCUCCCCUUCCAUCCUGUCGUUCCUCUCUACCCUCCCAUCCCGUCGUUCCUCCUCUCUACCCUCCCAUCCCGUCUUUCUUCCUCUCUCCCCUCCCACAUCGCGGAAAAGUCGAGCGCAGAAUUUUGGCUUCCGUAG